ACACAUUUUGUAAUCUCUACAUUUAGUAACCCAGAAAAAUGGAGGGGAAAGUGGGAGAAUGGCCAGCAAUAGGAAUCGAUCUCGGAACAACAUACUCUUGUGUAGGAGUUUGGCAACACGACCGUGUUGAAAUCAUCACCAACGAUCAGGGCAACCGAACGACGCCGUCUUGGGUCGCCUUCACCCCAACUGAGUGCCUUAUUGGUGAAGCUGCCAAGAAUCAGGCUGCUGCAAAUCCUACUAACACCGUUUACGAUGCUAAGAGGCUGAUUGGCAGAAGAUUCACUGAUGAAACAGUACAAAGUGAUAUUAAACUCUGGCCCUUCAAGGUUCUUUCCUGGCCUCAUAAAGACAGUAAACCUGAAAUUGCGGUCACACUUAAGGGUGAAGAAAAGCAAUUUGCUCCUGAGCAGAUAUCCUCCAUGAUCUUGAUGAAGAUGAAAGAAACUGCAGAGGCAUAUCUUGGCUCAGAUGUUAAGAAUGCUGUCGUUACUGUUCCUGCGUACUUCAAUGAUUCUCAACGACAGGCAACUAAAGAUGUUGCUACCCUUGCUGGACUCCAAGUUAUGCGUAUUAUUAAUGAACCAACAGCUGCUGCCAUUGCCUACGGUCUUGAGAAGAAGGCUGUUCAUCAAAAGCAUGCUGUAAGGAACGUAUUGGUGUUUGAUCUUGGUGGCGGGACUUUUGAUGUUUCUUUGGUGCUUGUGGGAAAAGGUUUAUUUGAAGUUAAAGCUAUAUGUAGGAACACACACCUUGGUGGUACGGAUUUUGACAACAGAAUGGUGAGUCACUUUGUGAAUUAGUUUAAGAGGAAGUACCAUAAGGACAUCAGUGGGAACCCUAGAGCUCUUGCGAGGUUGAGGUCUGCAUGUGAGAGAGCAAAGAGAACACUCACAUCAACCACAGAGACAGCUAUUGAAGUAGAUUGCCUGUAUGAGGGUACUGAUUUCUCUUCUACCAUUUCCCAGGCUCGAUUUGAGUUAUUGAAUAUUGAGUUGUUCGGGGAUUGCAUGGACAUUGUUAAAAAAUGUUUGAAGGAUGCCAAGAUGGAAAAGAGUGAUAUCAAUGACGUUGUUCUUGUGGGUGGGUCAACUCGCAUCCCUAAGGUUCAAAAAAUGUUGCAAGAUUUAUUUAAUGGAAAGGAGCUCUGUAAAAGCCUCAACCAAGAUGAGGCUGUUGCAUAUGGGGCAGCCAUUCAUGCUGCAAUCUUGAGUGGUGUGCGACAUAAUCAGCAGGUUGUGCUUGUGGAUGUCACUCCCUUGUCUAUUGGUACUGAAAUUAGAUCUGGUGAACUGUGUGUUGUGAUUCCGAGGAACACACCAAUUCCAACAAAGAUGGAGAAGAGAUUUUUUACUGUUUUGGACAACCAGACCAGUAUGGCUAAUCAUGUGUAUGAGGGUGAGCGACCAAUUGCUCGGGAGAACAACUUUUUGGGUGAGUUUACGCUCCAUGGUAUACCCCCAGCACCAAAAGGUGUUUCUAAGGUAAUUGAUUGCUUCAGCAUUGAUGCCAACGGCAUCUUAACCGUGACAUCAACGGACAAAAGCACUGGAAAUAAUAACCACAUAACCAUUACCAAUCACAGUGGGAGGCUAUCAAAGAAGGAAAUUGAUAGGAUGGUGGAGGAGGCUAAGAAGUACAGGGCCAAAGAUACGGAGCACAAGAAAUUGGCAAGAGCUAAGUCUGAAUUAGAGAACUAUCUCACCAAGAUUUGGGAUAUAGUGAGUGGUAACUCUGGAGGAAAAGUCGUAAUACAAGGCGGGACAAUGGAAGAUAUAAUUCAACAGACAAUUCAAUGGUUAGAUUGGAAUGUCCAUCUUACUGAAGCUUCUAAGUUUGAGGAGAAGUUGAAGGAGAUCGAAAGCAUUUGCAACCCUGUCAUCACUAGAAUGCAGAAGAAUGGUGAUGAUGUUGGAGUUAAGAGAACCAAAACUGAGCCGGUCUGAUUUCUAAUUUGAAUGUAGUAUGCCUAGAUAGUCCUAUUAUGCAAUUAACUCAAUUAAAGAUUUGCUGAUUGUUCUGAACUGAUUCCAGGUUUAUUAAAACAAUGUUUUAUGCUUUUCGUGACUGCUGUUUCUGAGACAAGGCAAUCUUGCAACAACUCAAAUUUUACUGUAUGUUUUAGCUUUUAGAUUAUUCGAUGAUACCACUAUUCCUUUUCUUUUCUUUAUAAUGCAUAUCAAAAACAGAUUUCUAUUUUUUACUCAGGUAAGUUUUAACAGAGUAGCUAAACAGACUAGUAAAGAUUUUUUUUUUUUUUUUUUUUUUUUUGUCGUCAAAAUGAUCAUCUAGUGGGCGCUUGAAUUGGGAGAAUUAAAUUAAGGGGUGAUAAAAGUUAAACAAGCAAAACUAAAGCAAACAUAGGAGAGGGAGAGCUAGUGAUGAUGUAAUUAUCAGAAGAUUUAUAUAAUGAUGGUGUGGUGAUAGGUGAAGAAAGGGAGCUAUUACCCUUAUUUUGGGGGUAAUUGGUUACACUAGGGGAGUAGAGGGAGGGUGGCCUGGGUGGGUAACCUAUUACCCUCAUUUGGAGAGUAAUGAUUCCUCCAUCCCUCUUUUUCCCUCAUGUCACUACAACCUAGUUCAUUCAUAAACACCUUGUCUUCCUACAUUAAUA